UGCAUGUUUGAAAGUAAAAGACAGUUAGACCUCCAUUGAGUAUGGGUUGGACUGUGGAUGACGAAGUUAUCAAAAUUUGGUGGUAGACCACAGUGAAAACUAGGAGCCUUCACAGUGUCUAUAGAGCUUCACAAUCAUUAUCAUAAACAUCCAAACCAGGAAACAACACUAAUAAGCUCCUUUCCUUCCUUAGACGCUUCCUUUCUUAACCAAUUCUAUGAAAUGAUCUAAAACAAAGAACAAAACCCCAAAAUUUUCCUUCCAGUAAUUCACCCUUUGGAACCCUUCCUUUCUCCCACCAUGUUUCGAUCGCUUUCCCUCAAACGCUCUUUCAAAACCCACCUCAAAACACUCAUCCAUUGCCCUCAACACCCACCGCCGCCGCCGCCAUCGUCGCCAGUCCUCUUCUCUUCAAUCCGCGCUCUUUCAACCGCCUCUUCACCUCCUUCCUCUUCCUCCGACUCCGAGCUGCGCAAGUACCUCGGUUACACCGCCCUCCUCGCCUUCUGCGGCGUCGCCACUUACUACUCCUUCCCGUUCUCGGAAAACGCCAAGCACAAGAAGGCCCAACUCUUCCGGUACGCGCCGCUCCCCGAAGACCUCCACACGGUGUCCAAUUGGAGUGGUACCCACGAAGUGCAGACCCGGCAUUUCCACCAGCCGGAGAACCUAAAGCAGCUUGAGGAGUUGGUUAAGGAGUCGAAUGAGAAGCGGGUCAAGCUUCGACCCGUUGGGUCUGGGUUGUCCCCGAAUGGGAUCGGGCUAGCCCGUGGUGGGAUGGUGAAUUUGGCAUUAAUGGAUAAGGUGUUGGAAGUGGAUAAGGAGAAGAAGAGGGUGAAGGUUCAAGCUGGGAUAAGAGUGCAACAAUUAGUGGAUGAGAUUAAGGAUUAUGGUUUAACACUUCAAAACUUUGCUUCCAUUAGAGAGCAGCAAAUUGGUGGCAUUCUUCAGGUAGGUGCUCAUGGAACUGGUGCAAAAUUGCCUCCCAUUGACGAACAGAUUAUUAGCAUGAAACUUGUUACUCCUGCCAAGGGAACAAUAGAACUUUCAAAAGAGAAAGACCCAGAGUUAUUUUAUUUAGCGCGCUGUGGUCUUGGGGGUCUUGGAGUGGUUGCUGAAGUGACCAUUCAGUGUGUGGAAAGACAGGAGCUUGUAGAGCACACAACUGUCUCAAACCUGAAAGACCUCAAGAAAAACCACAAGAAGAUGUUGUCCGAGAAUAAGCAUGUCAAGUACUUGUACAUUCCAUAUACUGACACCGUUGUAGUUGUGACAUGCAACCCUGUUUCAAAAUGGAGAGGUCCACCCAAAUUCAAACCCAAACAUACUACAGAUGAGGCUAUGCAGGAUAUUCGUGAGCUCUACAAAGAAUCUCUAAAGAAGUACAGGGCUAGAGAUAUUACGACUAAAUCUUCUGAUAGCAAUGAACCAAACAUAAAUGAUUUCUCAUUCACCGAGUUAAGAGAUAAACUGCUUAGUCUUGAUCCUCUCAACAAAGAUCAUGUCAUGAAGGUUAAUCAUGCUGAGGCUGAAUUCUGGAGGAAGUCCGAGGGAUAUCGAGUUGGAUGGAGUGAUGAUAUCUUGGGCUUUGAUUGUGGGGGGCAACAAUGGGUAUCAGAAACCUGUUUUCCUGCUGGAACUCUUUCCAAGCCUAGUAUGAAGGACCUUGAGUACAUUGAAGAGCUAAAGAAACUCAUUGAGACGAAUGAGUUACCUGCUCCUGCUCCUAUAGAACAACGAUGGACAGCUCGCAGCCAGAGCCCGAUGAGUCCUGCGUCAAGCUCAGCAGAAGAUGACAUAUUCUCAUGGGUUGGUAUAAUCAUGUACCUUCCUACAAUGGAUGCUCGCCAAAGAAAGGAAAUAACAGAAGAAUUCUUCCACUACAGGCAUCUUACACAGUCACAGUUGUGGGAUAAAUAUUCUGCCUAUGAACAUUGGGCUAAGAUUGAGGUCCCAAAGGACAAGGAAGAACUUGAAGCUCUUCAAGCGAGACUCAAAACCCGUUUUCCGGUUGAUGCAUAUAACAAAGCAAGGAGGGAAUUGGAUCCAAACAGAAUCCUUUCUAAUAACAUUCUCGAAAAGCUGUUCCCGUUAUCCGACAAUGUUUGAAGCACUCUAUUGGUCAGUUCUUUAUUCAUUUAAAUUCUUAAGAAUUAGAAAUUUAAAAUUCAUGUGGGCUGUUCUUUUGGCCAAUGAAGCAUCUUUUAACACUUUGUACACUAAACUGGGAAGGAUAUGAUGACAUUUCUGUGUAUUAUUAGAAUUCUAUUACAUAUAAUAAGCCAUUCUGAGUGUUGGUAUUUUAUCAA